AUGUAUUUAAAACAAAAUUCACUUAAAAAUAGAAGUGAUUAUUUUCUUCCGAUUAGAGAAUUAAAUAAAAUGAAUCAAUUAACUUGUUGUAAACUUAUGUUCGGUAUUUCACUCCUUAUAAUUUUGAACGGUGUUACAAUCCUUGCAUUCUUUAAUUAUUCAUUGGGAUUAAAGAACCAACAAGUGCAAUUGGAAAUCAAUUCUGGUAACGCUAUACAGGAGACUCAUAAAUUAAAAAUGGAAAUUAAGAAAUUAGAAACAGAAAUUGAACGAUUAACUCAGACUUUCGCGCAGACAACGGGAAAUUUGUUUCAACUUUAUGCAAACCCAAACCUAAGAUUGUUUUUCACACCUCCAUUUGCGAAUCAGCCUCACGAACAACCUGAAGCACCUCAAGGAAAGAACGUUGAUUCAUAA